CCAGCCUUGCAGAGAUCCCAGCUCAACUCCAGCCAUGAGGUUCCUCUACCUUGUCUUUGCUGUCUUCCUACUGGUCUCCCUGGCCACCCCAGGAUAUGGGCACGUAAAGUACUGCCACAGCGUUGGGUACUGCUCCACCAAAUGCUCCAAGGUGGAUGUGUGGUCCACUUCCUCUGACUGCAAGUACUACUGCUGCAUCCCACCCAUCUGGAAGGGGAAAUAGGAGCCAAAGAGGAAGCACCUGGGGAAGAAGAGCCAUCGUGGUGGCUCUGGGAGCAGCUUCUCAACUCUCU